UCAGGAGGGUGCUCAGUAUGAUGGGAUUCGACCCGCAGCUGACUGAAGCCCAAUUCAAAGUGCUGGCGGAGUGCUACACAGACCCCUUAUUGCCUGACCAUAUCCUGUGGCACAAAUUCUCUAAGGACAUGGAUUUAGUUUUCACCAUCCCUGAAUUGGAGAAGAAACCCAAAUUGAAGCUCCCGCCGCAAGAGGACUUUCAGCUGCCCAAGGUCGGUGCCACUGAUGCAGACAACCUGGAGGUCCAACAGAGGGAAUUGUUUGAGGCAACAAUGUGCCGCUUCAAGCAGCGGAUCAGUCACAGGAAUCUGCUGACUUAUCAAGAUUUUGCAGACUUCGAUAAGUUCAACCAUGGCCACGUGACUGGAACUCAGUUUCGCCGCUGCCUUACUCAGCUCGGUCUGCAAGCGACGGAAGAGGAGGUGAAUGUGAUCGAGGAGGUAUUCUCGGAUGAGAUGGGCUUUAACUAUAUCAAGUUCCUGGAGGAGGUGGACCCACAGCUGAAGCCUGAAAGGAGGUAUGAGAAACUGAUGAGCGACAUUCACAAGCUGAACGCUGCUAAGAGAAACUUGGAGGUGGGAGCCUCAUCUGACAUUGACUGCAUCUUAGCGAAGAUUAAGACCAAGGUGUAUCGAGAGCGAAUGAGGCUGGAUGAGCACAUGAGAGACUUUGAUAGACUCCAUUCUGGACGUAUCUUAAAGGUCAACUUCAGGAGGGCUCUUGACUUGAAUGAGUUUGAGUUGCAGCCUUCAGAGGUAGCAAUCCUGGAGAAAAGGUACGAAUCCUGUAACAAGCCAGACUAUGUUGAUUACAAGCUUUUAUUCGAUGACAUUGAAUCCAUUUUUACACUCAAGAAUCUUGAGAAGUUUCCUCUCGCUGAGGUUACACAGUUCAAACCUCCGGAGGAUUGGACUCUGAAUGAAUUGUCUACAGAGGAUGAAAUUGCUUACUUGGAGGCAGUGGCUAGGCUGGCAGCCAAGGUGAGGAAGAAACAGCUUCAGCUCUUCCCACUCUUUGAGGAUUACGACACCAUCCACAUUGGCCGGAUUUCCCAGUCGCAGUUCCACCGAGUCCUGACCGAGCUGGACCUGGACAACGUGCUAAGUCUGAAGGACAUCCGGGCCAUACGCCAGAAGUUCCGGGUCAAGGUGGGAAGCCGGGACGAUGUUGACUACAUUGCUUUUUGCGAUGCGGUUUACGAUGCAGCCUGCAUGAACAAGAGGAUGCCCUAGCCAGUAAGCCGGUGACCUCCACUGCAGGGCUAACUCUCAGGAGAGGUUUGAAUCAAAUUGGGAAGGUUUUAUUUAGAGACUACUUUGAAUUCAUAGCAAAUCAGCGAACAUUAGGAAUGAUUAUUUUUUUGCAUCUCGCAUAAUGUAUCUGACGCCUUGAGGGUGUGUCACCAGAUAAAAUGUAGCACUUCAAGUUGCCAAUGGUGUCUUCUGACAUUUUCCAUCGCGUCACAUUUACAUUCUCCACUCACUAGUGUAUUCACUUAUUAACGGUUGAAGCUUCUCUCCAUGAUGCUAGUUGAGCAGGAAAAGCCAUCUCAGGGCACAGCAGAAAUCCACAAAGCAAGCAUUUUAAUUUCACUGAAAUUACUUUUAAGUACAUUUAAAUAAAUAAAUAAAUUGAU